AUGGUUCGCCCAAAGAAACAAAGUAAGAGGGUGUCAGUCCGGCUGAGGCACAAGAUCGAGAAGAAAGUCGCAGCUAAGGCCAGAAAAGAUCGCAAGGCGUCGAAGAAGGACCCCACAUGGAAAAGUCGACUAAAGAAAGACCCCGGGAUACCAAACAUGUUCCCGUACAAGGAGCAGAUGCUAGAGGAGAUAGAGGAGGGGAGACGACAGAAAGAGGAAGAGAAGCUAAAACGAAAAGAGGCUAAGUCGAAGGCUGCUAAACCGACAGCAGCUGAGGAAAACGGGUCUGAUGUAGAUGAUAUGGUGGAUGUCGAGGAGGAAGAAGAAGAUGAAAGCGAACUCUCGGAAAUGGAUGAGGGUGAAGAUGCUGGCCAGAGUAAUGGGAAUGCCAUGGCUGCCCUGUUAGCAUCGGCGAGGGCUAGGGCUAGGCAAUUUGAGGGUGCCGACGGCGACGGCGACUCCGACGACGCUAUGGACGAUGAUGACGAUAACGAGGGUCCUUCACGUUCUAUCCCAGCCGCCAUUACCUCGAACCGACCGGAUUCUUCUCUCAAAUCCUUCUCGAAACACUUCCAAACCGUCCUAUCUUCAGCAGACGUUUUGUUAUAUGUUCUAGACGCCAGGGACCCCAUUGGAACAAGAUCGUUAGCGAUUGAGCAGCAAAUCCGUGCAGAUUCCCUAGGCUCCAAGCGACUCAUACUUCUUUUGAAUAAAAUUGACUUGGUUCCGACACAAGUGCUCAAGGACUGGUUGGUACAUCUCAGAAGAUAUUUCCCUACUCUUCCAAUCAAAGCGAGCAAACCCGCCACAGGUGCCCACACAUUCGACCACAAAGACCUUACAACGGCUUCGACAGCAAGGACUGUCGUUAACGCCCUCAAGUCCUAUGCUAAACUGAAGCAAUUGAAACGAGCUAUCAGCGUCGGUGUGGUAGGGUAUCCAAACGUUGGAAAAUCAUCUGUCAUCAACGCAAUCCUAUCGAGAGGUAGUUCUACUCAAACGGCUUGUCCUGUUGGUGCAGAAGCCGGUGUCACUACGUCUGUUCGCGAAGUCAAAUUGGACUCGAAACUCAAACUCUUAGACUCGCCGGGUAUUGUUUUCCCCGGAAAGGAAAUUGACGCCGCCGCUCUGACACUACUAAAUGCCCUGCCACCGAAACAAAUGCCAGAAACCACAAUUCCUGCUGUUACUCUACUUCUCUCGAGGUUGGCUGACAAACCGGGCCAACUUGAACACUUGACCCAACUUUACCAACUUCCACCUUUGAUCACCGGGCUUUCGCAAAAAGACCUCACGAUGGACUUUUUAAUCCAUGUAGCUAGGAAGAAGGGUAGAUUAGGCAAAGGUGGUGUUCCAAACAUCGAAAGUGCCGCUAGGGCAGUGGUCACAGACUGGAGAGAUGGAAGAAUCAUCGGCUGGAUCGAGGCACCAAAGUUAGAAGUCGAAACAAGCGGUAGUUCUGACGCUGUCACUUCCGAUGGCAAGCUGAAGGACUCAAAGGAGAUUGUAACUCAAUGGGCGGAGGAAUUCAAGAUCGAAGGACUAUGGGGCAACGAUGCGGAUGUUAUGGAAUAG